AUGACCUGCAACAUUCGCUGGUGGGAUUCGGGUCCGCGAAAGAACACCGCGGGUCCGGGCAACAAGCUCUCGGCACAAGACGCGCUCAGCCACACGGGCUGGUCGACGUCGGUGGCGGAGCGGUUGCGAGCGCAGACUGGUGGUGGCGGCGGCGGCGGCGGCGGCAGGGGCGGCAAGGGCGGCAGGGGCGGCAGGGGCGGCGGCAACGGAAGCCAGACCGGCAGCGACGAAGCGGAAGCGGCGGCGGCCAUGCACGCGUUGGCCAACUCUUCCUCUUCCACGAAAGACGGUGGUGGCGGCAAGAAAGGCGUUAGUGACAGGAAGACGGCCCACCUCGGGAGCCUCGGCGUUUUCGUGACCGACGAAAGGAUGCUAUCACCGGCCGAAGCGGCCAAGAUUAGGAAGGGCAACCUCGGUAGGGCUUUGCUCAGCGGCGGCGGCGACGGCGAAACGGCCUCAAAGCGGGGUACCAACGGGGGGGUGCACGCCACGGCGAGGCCGGCGGGAGGCAAGAAGCAGAGGGGGGGCAGCGGCGGUGGUCCUAAGUCGUCUAGGGGGGGACCGGGGGCAGACGAAGACGGUCACGAGGAGGAAGAGGAGUCGGACGCGGAACCGGCCAAGAGGAAGACCCCCGGGAAACCAGGCCGCAAGCCGAAGAAGGGAAAGCACUCACGCUCCCCCUUGCCCGAGCAGGCGGAAAAGGGAGAGGGUCUCGCUUCGGUGGAGGCGGCCGUGCCGGAGGCGGGGGGAGACCUCAGCAGCCCCCCCGCAGUCAGCCCUUUCCCCAACUGGGCCGAGGACUCGUAUGAGAUGGUCGGGAGCCGCGUGCGGGUGUACUGGGACGGGGAUAACGAGUGGUACAGCGGGCGCAUCGUUCGGUUCAAGUCGACUCAGCGCGAGCCGUACCUCGUCAGGUGUGUCUUGAGGACGCGCAGGGUCCCGGGAGGUUGUUGGAAGGCCUGA